CUAGUUUGUGUGUAUACUGAAGCAAGGCUAUGUAAUAGUCUAGAAGAUACACACAAUAAACAAACUCUGAAGUGCGUACGCAUCUGAACAUACUGAUGAAUUUCACGUCCUCCAUGUACACAUUUCAAGCUGUUAGCUGAUAAGAGUUUAAAGGUCUGACACUCUAAAAUGGGAAGAAAACAAAAAUCAGUAUCAGAAUACAAUUCAGAACACAAGGAAAUAAUUGAAGGUUAAAACAAAAACAAAAACUGGAAAAAAGGAUGAAGUUGAGUGUAUUCUCUGCAAAUGAUGUGGCCCAAUUAUGAAAUGUAAAUAUUUAUAGGCUGAUAGUUCUAAGUCUACAACAGUAAAAUUUAUUCAAAUGAAAAGUUUUGUUUGACGAUUAGAGAUAUAUUGUUUUCUUAGGCCUGGUCUACACUACGCGUUUAAACUGGAUUUAGUAGCGUUAAACCGAUUUAAUCCUGCACCCGUCCACACAACGAGGUCCUUUAUAUCGAUAUAAAGGGCUCUUUAAACCGGCUUCUGUACUCCUCCCCGAUGAGAAGAGUAGCGCUGAAAUCGGUAUUGCCAUGUCGGAUUAGGGUUAGCGUGGCCGCAAAUCGACGGUAUGGGCCUCCGGGCGGUAUCCCACAGUGCACCACUGUGACCGCUCUGGAAAGCAAUCUGAACUCGGAUGCACUGGCCAGGUAGACAGGAAAAGCCCCCGCGAACUUUUGAAUUUCAUUUCCUGUUUGGCCAGCGUGGAGAGCCCACCAGCACAGGUGACACGCAGAGCUCAUCAGCACAGGUAACAAUGCAGUCUCCUGAGAAUCGAAAAAGAGCUCCAGCAUGGACCGCGUGGAAGGUACUGGAUCUGAUCACCGUAUGGGGAGAGGAUUCCAUGCUAACAGAACUCCGUUCCAAAAGACAAAAUGAAAAAACAUUUGAAAAAAUUUCCAAGGCCAUGAUGAAGAGAGGCCACACCAGGGACUCAGUGCAGUGCCAUGUGAAAGUUAAGGAGCUCAGACAAGCCUACCAGAAAACCAAAGAAGCAAACGGAAGGUCCGGGGCAGGGCCGAAAACAUGCCGCUUCUACGCUGAGCUGUAUGCAAUUCUAGGGAGGUCCACCACCAGUUCCCCACCCCUGUCCGUGGAUUCCGAGGUGGGGGUGGUAAUCUCAGCCAUGGCUGAGGAUUCUGCGGACGGGGAAGAUGAGGAGGAGGAAGAGGAGGACAAGCUUGCAGAGAGCACACAGCACUCCGUUCUCCCCAACAGCCAGGAGCUUUUUCUCACCCAGACGGAAUUACCCUCUCAGCCCUCCCAAGCCACUAGCCCAGACAAUGAAGCCAUGGAAGCGACCUCUGCUGCAAAUUUUUCAAGCCUCCCUACUCCAUCUCGAAGGCUCUCUCAGAUAAGGCGGCGGAAAAAAAAAAGACGCGAGACAAAAUGUUCUUGGAAAUCAUGGAAGUGACCCGCAAUGAAAGAGCUCAUCUGAAUGAGUGGAAGGAUAUGGCAUCAAAUUACAGGAAAGAUGCCAGUGAACGUGAGGACAGGAGGGACCAACGUGAGGAUAGGAGGGACGAACGUGAGGAGAGGAGAGACACUCGAGAUGAGAGGUGGCGGAAGGAAGAUCAGAGGUGUAGGCAGGACGAUCAGCGGUGGCGGGAUGCAACGCUGGGGCUGCUGCGUGAUCAAACUGACAUCCUCCGACGUCUGGUGGAGCUUCAGGAACAGCAGCAGGGUCGCAGAGUGCCGCUGCAGACCCUGUGUAACCACCUUCACCCCUCAUCACGUUCCAUAUCUUCCUCACCCAGACGUGUAAGAACGCGUGGGGGAAGGCUUCAUGCACCCACCCACUCCACCCCCAUGGACAGCCCAACCAAAAGGCUGUCAUUACUUUGAAAUUUUUUUAGUGGCCUUUUCCUUCCCUCCUAUCCUCCUCCCAAACCACACCCGGGAUACCUUGUCAGUUCUCUCUCUCUUUUUAUAAUGAUUUAAUAAAGAAUACAUGAUUUUUAAACGAUAGUGACUUUAUUUCCUUAAGCAAGCUGUAAUCGAAGGGGUAGGGUGAGUUGCUUACAGGGAAUGAGUCAAUCAAGGGGGAGGGGUUCAUCAAGGGGAAACAAACACAGCAGUCACACCGUACCCUGGCCUGUGAUGAAACUCGUUUUCAAAGCUUCUCUGAUGCGCACCGCUUUGUGGUGUGCUCUUCUAAUCGCCCUGGUGUCUGGCUGCACGUAAUCAGUGGCCAGGUGAUUUGCCUCAGCCUCCUUCCCCGCCAUAAAGGUCUCCCCCUUACUCUCACAGAGAUUGUGGAGCACACAGCAAGCAGCAAUAACAAUGGGGACAUUGGUUUGGCUGAGGUCUGAGCAAGUCAGUAAUGUGCGCCAGCGCGCCUUUAAACGGCCAAAUGCACAUUCUGCCACCAUUCUGCACUUGCUCAGCCUGUAGUUGAACAACUCCUGACUACUGUCCAGGCUGCCUGUGUAUGGUUUCAUGAGCCAUGGCAUCAAGGGAUAGGCUGGGUCCCCCAGGAUAGCUACAGGCUUUUCAACAUCCCCAACUGUUAUUUUCUGGUCUGAGAAGUAAUUCCCUUGCUGCAGCCGUUUAAACAGAGAGUGUUCCUGAAGACAUGAGCGUCAUGAACCCUUCCUGGCCAUCUCACGUGGAUGUUGGUGAAACGUCUCUUGUAUUCCACCAGUGCUUGCAGCACUAUUGAAAAGUAGCCCUUGCGGUUUACAUACUGGGUGCCCUGGUGCUCUGGUUCCAAGAUAGGGAUAUGGGUUCCAUCUAUCGCUCCACCACAAUUAGGGAAUCCCAUUGCAGCAAAGCCAUCCACUAUGACCUGCACGUUUCCCAGAGUCACAACUUUUCGUAGCAGCAGCUUAGUGAUUGCUUUGGCUACUUGCAUCACAGCAGCCCCCACAGUAGAUUUUCCCACUCCAAAUUGAUUCCUGACUGACCGGUAGCUGUCUGGCGUUGCAAGCUUCCAGAGGGCUAUCACCACUCACUUAUGAACUGUGAGGGCUGCUCUCAUCUUGGUAUUCUGGCAUUUCAGGGCAGGGGAAAGCAAGUCACAGAGUUCCAUGAAAGUGCCCUUACGCAUGCGAAAGUUUCGCAGCCACUGGGAAUUGUCCCAAACCCGCAAAACUAUGCGGUCCCACCAGUCUGCUUGUUUCCCAGGCCCAAAAUCGGCGUUCAAUGGCUAGAACCUGCCCCAUUUCCAGCAGGAUCUCCAAAGCGCAGGGGACCGCAGUUUGAGAGAAUUCUGUGUCCAUGUCCUCAUCACUCUUGUCGCCGUGCUGCCGUAGCCGCCUCCUCCUCGCCUGGCUUUGCAGGUCCUGGUUCAGCAUAGACUGCACGAGAAUGCCCGAGGUGUUUACAACGUCCACGAUUGCAGUCUUGAUCUGAGCAGGGUCCAUGCUUGCUGUGCUAUGGCAUUUGCACAGUUCACCCAGGAAAAAGGCGCGAAACGGUUGUCUGCUGCUUUCAUGGAGGGAGGGGAGAGGCUGUACCCAGAAUCACCCGCGACAAUGUUUUUUGCCCCAUCAGGCACUGGGAUCUCAACCCAGAAUUCCAAGGGGCGGGGGAGACUGCGGGAACUAUGGGAUAGCUAUGGGAUAGCUACCCGCAGUGCAACGCUCCGGAAAUCGACGCUAGCCUCGGUACAUGGACGAACACUGCCGAAUUAAUGUGCUUAGUGUGGCCGCGUGCACUUGACUUUAUACAGUCUGUUUUACAAAACUAGUUUAUGUAAAAUCGGAAUAAUCCCGUAGUGUAGACAUACCCUUAAACUCAGAGGUGGCAUUGUGUUCUAAGUUUUGUUUUAGUUCUGCAGCAAACCACAUUGAAUUCCGUUCAUCAAAGCAUUUAAUCUACUGAAUACUUUUCCCCCCAUCCUUUCAUCCAUCAAAUAAACCCCGGCAUUUACCCAUAAAAAGUAAUAAUAGUUUUUUUGCACCAAUUUUCACCUUUUUUUGUUGUAAUAAACACUGAUAAAUUCCUGGGAAAAAUAAAAACUAAAAACGAAGGGCUCUGUGUAUAACAGCUUGUUAUAUAGUAUACUGCUGAAAACAUGGUCUAAUCUCAGAGGUGAAAGAGACCAUCUAUCAUAACAAAGAAAAAAAAAGAGAGAGCAGACAUGACAUAUUUCAUAGAGCAACAAAGUCUAUAGAAGAAUUCAGCAAAGGUGAACCAUGUGGAAAAAGCACAUCAUGGCGAUACAGACACAAUGUAUUCUGAAGCUGCUCAUUUCUCAGGCAUGUUUAAUGAUUGUUCUUAUAUAAUUCAUGUGAUAAGGAAUGCCUUAUAAAAUCCAUGGAGAAUUUGUUGGAGAGUACUAGAGACAAUCUUGAUAGGGAUGCUGUAGUACGUUGAACAAGUAUAUGAACCUUUGGAGAGGAAGAGAAAGUCCUAUGGUCUUCAUGCUUGUUGCAUUCCUUCCCCAAACAAUUUUGAGAGCUGUGUAAAUGUCUUGAAUGUAUCACAUUUUUUUGAGUAUUGUUGUUACUCAUUGAAUAAAAUGGGAUUGGAAUAAAGCAGUAAUAAGUUGUGUAAAGGCUUUUAAAGCCUUGUGGGGAGCCUUCAGUGACUGGAUCUUUCCACGAGGGAAUAACAGUGGUUGUUUGGGCCCAAUAUAUUAGCCUAUCCAGUAUUUCUUAUCAAGCUUGAAUAAUUUGACAGAAGGUAGGAUCCUCCUGAAACAGAUCCCAUUUCUGAGCAGGGAAAGUACUCUCAGCUUAGUAUAAAAAUUGAUUAUAGCACUAAAUUUCUUGGAGGUCACUGGUUACAUCACCCUGAUUCCACAGUUUCUUGCGUGUGGGAGUAUUGCUGUGCCCAUGUGAACCCUCAUUGACUUCAGUGGAACUCUAUUUGGGCACUGCAGCCUGCCCACAUACAAUGAAUUGCAAAAUUGGGGCCUUUGAUGGCCUUCUUGCUUUAUUUUGGGGGGAAGGAAUAUUCAUCUUGGCCUGACUUCUCUUUUUCCAAAAUGUGAACAAAAUUGCUCAGUUAUUUGAGUUUCAUGGAAGUUAAAACUCUCUCUCUUCAAAUAAAUCAUCUGAAUUUUAUGCACUAGUAACUGACUUAAAACAUUUGAGGAGGAACUGAUUACCCCUAUGUUUAGGUUGUCCAACACUUUUUCCAUUAUAAAAUAAUUUUGUGAUCUGUUUUGAGGAGUUUUCACACCCCUGUUGUUUACAGCAGGCCUUUGAAAUUUUGCACAAAAAAAACCCUACCUCAAACUAGGGUCGUCUUUUUGGUCCCAUGAAAUUUGUUGUUUUAAAGACUUUGAUGGGCAUUUCUUAAACAACAAUAACUCAUAAUUUUGGCAUCUCAGUAGCUAUAGCUGUUUACCCAGAUCAUGGGUACCAGCAUGGGAAGAAGCAGUUUUCACAGAGCUGUUACUUACCUCACCCUGUCUUGCCCACCUGUAUGAGCGAUGAGUGCACUCUGCCCCAAAGUACCAGCGAGUGUUAUUGUCAUCAUUCUGUGGGAAGUAUGCUGUGCCAAGUAUAGAUCUGGUUCAGAGUACUUCCUAGGAGCCAUGGGGAAACUGGAAGAUACAUUGUUUCUGAGCAUCAAUUUCUGUCUCCUCCUUCAGGGAUAGCACAGUUACGACCUGCACAUAGCUUGGGGCUUGGAACAAAGCCACAACUAAGUCCAUAGGAAGUGCGGUAUGCCAUCCUCCCCCCUCGCUAAUAAAAACCAAUAUGAAAAAAAAUUGGAAAGCUUGCUCAGUUUCAGGUAGUUGAGGAUGAAAAAUUCCAUUAUUACAUGUCUACCUUGAUAUAAUGUUGUCCUUGGGAGCCAAAAAAUCUUACUGCAUUAUAGGUGAAACAAUGUUAUAUUGAACUUGCUUUGAUCCACCGGAGUGCGCAGCCCUGCCC